AUGCGCUCACGUAUCUGCACUCGCUGGCGCCCCCCCGUCAUCCACCGAGACCUCAAGUCGCGCAACAUCCUGCUCAACAAGGCCAUGCACGCCAAGCUGACGGACUUCGGCAUCUCGAGAGAGCGGCUGGACCAGACGAUGACGGCGGGCAUGGGGACGUCGCUCUGGAUGGCGCCUGAGGUGAUGCUGGGCGAGCGAUACGACGUGAAGGCCGACAUGUUCUCGUUCGGAGUGGUGCUGUCCGAGUUGGACGUGCACACGCUGCCGUACGCGCAGGAGAAGAAGAGGAGUCUGGACAGCGGAGGACGUGCGCUUGCGGACGCCACGCUGCUCCAGAGAGUGGCUGAAGGGACCGUUCGUGUCGAGUUUUCUGAAGGCAACGCGUCUUUCAUCACGGAGCUCGGCUGCGCUUGUGUAUCUGUAGACCCAAGUCAGCGCCCAAGUGCUGCUGAAGCCCUGUUUCCUGGGCCGACGAAGAUGUACUCGAUCUACUCGACUUACCUCGGUGACCAGUGCGGCGGCAUCCCUUAUGGAGUGUACGUCGCCAAGGACGACAACUGCUCCAACAUCUCGUGCUCUCCGGCCUUCACCGCCGAAGCCAGAGCCGUCAACGCCAACAUGGUGACCAGCGAGUGCUCAACGGACUACGUGCAGGCGAUGCGGGACAAGUUCGCGGACUCACCCUACCUGCUCCAAGUUUACUACGCCGAUGAAGACUGUACAGACCUCGCAAUGGCCCUCGUCUACCCAGCAACGGGGACGUGCGUGGGCGCGUACAACGAGUCGGACAGUCUCUACGUGGUCGCCACGCUCCACAAGAAUUCCUCAGCCUUGGUGCAGCAGUAUCUCGACCGAUCGUGUACGUCCAAGAAGCUCUGCAUGACCGAAAGCGUCGACAAAGACGCCAUCGAAAGGCACUUGUGCGAUGCGCAUCGCGUCCGCUGGUUCAGCAGCAACGACGUCGAUACAAACACCGAGAACCACUCGGCUUUGAGCAGUAGCAGCGACUCAGCGACUCGACUCAGCACUAAUGGGGUGUUGGAGAUCGCGCUCGGAUGCUUCGCACUGGCGGCGACCGUGUUAGUUUUGGUCCUCGCGGUAAUGCGUCGGACGAGACGUCAUCCUACAGACAUGUGCGAGUUGAAGACCAGUAUGUCGUCUCAGAAGAGCGUAGUCUCGCUUGGACGCAGCGGGCUAUGGAACGACGACGUUAUCACGGCGAAGCGGAUCCUAAGGAGCAAGAUGCUGCUUCCUGCUGCGCGUGACAAGCUUCCUCGCGUGAACGAGUUCCUUGCUGAAGCCAAGACGACAGCGUCUUUGGAUCACCCGCACAUCGUCUCGUUCGUCGGAGUCGCCUGGGACUCCUUCUCGGACCUCUGUGUCGUGCUCGAAUACAUGGACGGAGGGGAGCUGCGCGCUCUACUGGACAAGUUCUUAGAGUCCAAGCACCCCGUUGGCUUUGACCGCCAGAAAGUCACCAUAGCUCUACAAGUCUGCCACGCGCUGGCCUACCUGCACUCGUUAACCCCGUCGAUCAUCCAUCGCGACCUAAAGUCACGGAACAUUCUGCUGGGCAGCAACAUGGAGGCGAAACUCGCAGACUUUGGCAUAUCGAGGGAGCGUCUCGACCGCACUAUGACUGCGGGAGUUGGUACCUCGCUUUGGAUGGCGCCCGAGGUGAUGCUAGGUGAACGGUACGACGAGAAGGCGGACAUGUUCUCGUUUGGAGUGGUUUUAUCCGAACUAGACGUGCACACUCUGCCGUAUGAGAAGGUGAAGAAGCAGAACCCGGACUCGAAUGGUCGAGAAAUGGCCAGCUCGACUUUACUGCAGAAAGUGGCGCUGGGGGCGGUUAAAGUGGAAUUCUCAGGCACCUGUCCGAAGGCGAUGGCGGAGCUGGGGCGCGCGUGUAUAUCUAUUGAUCCUACUAAACGUCCAAGCGCAGCGGAGGCGCUGUACAAGCUUCAAAUCGUUCUGAAGUGGAACCUUCGGUAA